AUGUUCUCCUUAUUAUUGUCUCCGUUCGUGGUGGCAUGGCUUGCAGGUCAAGCCUGGGCUAUUGACCUGACGGUGUCGAAAACCGGUGGAAACUCGUCUAGUCCCCUACUCUAUGGCAUAAUGUUUGAGGACAUCAACAAUUCAGGUGACGGUGGUAUUCAUGGACAGUUACUGCGAAACAAUGGAUUCCAGGGAGAUGAUCCAGGCCUUACUGCAUACUACGCAGUGGGAGACGUGAGCAUCUCCCAGGAUACUUCCAACCCCCUCAGCACCGCCAUCACUUCUUCCUUGAAGGUGACCGUGCCUUCUGACACAACGGGAUUCGUGGGCUUUUCGAAUUAUGGAUACGAGGGUGUCCCCGUCCUCAAGACGACUUAUGACAAUUACUUCUGGAUGAAGGGGGAUUAUUCUGGUAUCAUUAAUCUCCGCUUGGUUGGCAACUCUACUGGCACGGUAUACGCAGACCACAAUAUCACUGUCCACAGUAGUGCUUCGAAGUUCACUUAUUACGAUACCUCGUUCACCUCUGCCGAGUCUUCUGAUGCAGAUAACGCGUGGCAGUUGCGAUUCGAUGCCUCGACUGUUGCAGGGAGCUCCUUGAACUUUGGUUUGGUACAGUUGUUUCCUCCAACCUAUCAUUCUCGUAAAAAUGGCCUGCGAAAUGAUGUAGCUAGCUUUCUUGAUGAAGUCAAGCCAUCUUUUCUUCGGUUUCCCGGAGGGAACAACCUUGAGGGCGAGACUCCCAGUGACCGCUGGAAGUGGAAUGAGACAAUUGGAGCAGUUAUUGAUCGCCCAGGUCGUCAAGGCGAUUGGAGCUACCCAAACACCGAUGCUCUAGGAUUGGACGAGUACCUGUAUUGGUGUGAAGAUAUGGGAAUGGAGCCCCUGCUUGCUGUAUGGUCUGGCCUUACGCUCGACAACAGUGCGGUUUCGGGCUCUGAUCUCGAUCCUUAUGUCGAUGACAUUCUCAAUGAGCUUGAGUAUUGCCUCGGGUCUACUCACACCACAUACGGUGCUCUGCGGGCCAAAAACGGCAGGACUGAGCCCUGGCCCGUUAAAUACAUCGAAAUAGGAAACGAAGAUAAUGUCUACUCUAAUGGAUGCGCUACCUACGCAAGCAGGUUCACACAGAUCUACGAUGCAGUUCAUGCUGCGUACCCUGACCUGACCAUUAUCGCAUCUACCACUGACACUUCUUGUCUCCCAUCCACCAUUCCCGACGGUGUGAUCACUGAUAUCCACCACUAUCUCUCUCCCGAGGAGUUCAUUGACCUCUUUGACGAGUGGGACAACUGGUCUCGGGACUGGCCCAUUUUCGUUGGCGAAUACGCCAGCACGACUGAUAAUGACGGCAGCACCACAUACUGGUCAAAUAUGCAAGGAAGCUGCAGCGAGGCUGUCUAUAUGAUCGGGAUGGAGCGAAACAGCGACAUUGUCAAGAUGGCCAGCUUUGCUCCAUUGCUAGAGCAUUAUGACAUGGCGGAGUGGUCGCCCGACCUCUUUGGCCUUGACUCCAGUCCUGAUUCCAUCACCGGUUCAACAUCCUACUACGUUCAAAAGAUGUUUUCAGUCAACCGUGGCUCCACCAUCCUGCCCGUGACCUCUGACUCGGCCUUUGGCCCCGUUUAUUGGGUUGCCUCGGCAUCUAAGUCAGGCACUUAUUAUGUGAAGCUUGCCAAUUAUGGCUCAAGCGCGGAAAACGUCACUGUCACUAUCAAGGGAACCAAGGCUGGUUCGCUUGAGAUGCUCUCCGGAGGUGAGUUAGUGAGCAACUACCCACACGAUGUGUCGAUUACCACAUCCACGACGCAUGUCUCAGGGUCAGGAAGCUUCACGGUGGAGAUGCCGGCUUGGGCCGUUGCUGUGUUGGCAGUUUCCUGA